AGAUGAAUCGCUUUGAAGAUUUUUUUUCACUUAUAACCGAACUGCGUAUUUGGGUCAGUUCCAUUCAGAUUAUCACUGAGUUGGUGAAAAUUUGUUGAGGAAAAAGGCAAGGGAGAGAGGGAGAUGAGAAGAAAAGAGAGAAGGGGUUCAUUUCCAUCCCGUGAAAGGCUGAGUCAAAGGGUUGAGAAACCUCUCUCUCUCUCUCUCUCUCUUAUAUCAGAAAAGGAGACAGAGGGAGAAAAAGCACGUCCCUCGACAAUUAGUUACGGUUUGCCGAGGAAGAGACGCGUCCCAUCUCCAUUUUUGGCUUUUCGCUCUUCUUCUUAUAUAGCUUCGUUUGAUUUCUUCUACCUGAUCUCUCGCUCUCUCUCUCCCUCUGCUCUGCUCUCUCUCUCUCUCUCGCUCGCUCUCUUUCCCUGCAUCGCCUUAUGUUCAGAUGGGUUGGUCACCGGAGACAGCAGCUAACGCGUUCUUAGACACUGUGAAAUUGUAUAAAAAGGGCGAGGAAGAAACGGGCGGCUAUCUGAGGACAGCAGAAGCAGAAAGCACAGAAUUCGUGUCUGCCAUGGCAGCAGGGAUCAAAGCGCAGACCAUUGUUGAAGUUUCGCCUAGAAUAUCACCAUUCACAAUCGCUCUUGCUGCAGCUGCAAGAAGAACGGGUGGCCGCCUAAUCUGCAUUCUUUUAGAAUCAAGAAGCCUUGAAGAGUCAAGACAGGCUCUAAACUGCUACCCUGAUCUUGAAGUUUUUGUAGAGUUCAAGAUAGGUGACUCACCGGAACUUCUGAAACGUUAUAAGAAUGUUGAUUUCUUGCUUCUGGAUGGCAAGAUAGAGAAUGUUCAGGGGUUGUUAAAAGUAGUUGACAUGAACGCUUCAAGAUCAUUUGUGGUAAUAAACAACCUGUUUGAAAUGAAAAGCAGAAGUGGUUGGGUAUACAGCAAGACUAUGCAGAAGAAAACAGGGAUGAGGACGGUGACUCUUCCCAUCGGUAAGGGGAUGGAGGUGACCAAAAUUGGCCGAAGUGAUCAAAGAGACAGAUUUCCAAAGGGUUCCAUGGAUUACUUUUCCAUGGGAUAUGUGGAGACCUCAAAAAGCAAAUGGCUUGUGGCUGUUGACAAAAAGACGGGAGAGGAGCACUUCUUCAGAGUCAGGAGGAAGUUUGGAACAAAUCGUAAAUAUGGUCCUCAAGAGUCUGCUUAGGUUCCAAUAAAGUCUGGCCAAUGCAAUUGUUGAAUCAGAUAAUGUCCUGAUUGGGCACAUCUGUUGCAUAUGGACCAGUAUAUACUGCAGAAAAGACAAAAGUUGGAUAUCGCUUGUCCAGCUUGAUUCAUGCACAACAAAUUUUGUAUACGACAAUCCGAGUUCACUGUGAAACUGCCAAUGUAUGUAAACUAGUUCAGAUCGCUCAGGUUGUAAAUAUUUGCAGUUUAUUUAAGAAGUGUAUUAGCUAGAAUCA